CGCCUCAGCCCCCAGCCCGGGCGGGGUAUAAGAGGCGGCGGCGGCGGGGCCGGGCCGCCCAUGUUGGCGGCAAGAGGCUGGGGCGGCAGCGGUGGUGGGGCACCCCCGCCCGCCGCCAUGAAGUCGCCUCAGGCCCAGCGGCCGGCGGGUCAAGGGCUGGGGGAGGACGGCGGCGGGGGCCUGGCGGAGGCGCUGGGGGAGUUCGACGCGGUGCUGGCGGAGUUCUCCUGCCCCGCCGGCCGGCGCCGCUUCCACUACGGCGAGCACCUGGAGCGCAUGAAGCGGAGGAGCAGCGCCAGCGUCAGCGACGGCAGCGGCCUCAGCGACUCGGAGAGUGCAGAUUCACUCUACAGAAAUAGUUUCAGUCUCAGUGAUGAAAAGCUUAACUCUCCAACUGCAUCUACGCCAAGCUUGCCAUCUCCAUCAGUAACUCCAUGUAAAGCAAAGCUCGGAGACACAAAAGAACUGGAAGACUUCAUUGCUGAUCUUGACAGAACACUAGCAAGUAUGUGAAAUGAAUCUUUGGCAUUGUACUUGCCUAUGAAUGUCAUCUGAAGGAUAAGUGACAUCACUCACCGAGAACUGCUGCCCUUGUCUGAUAACUGUGCUACCCCAGAUAUUCACCUUCUGAACAUAACCUUUGUCAAAUCCUAUAAGUAUUUAGCUGGCAACAUCAGUUUUGUUCCUUUGCAGCAGAUGGAAUAGGAUAACUUAAGUGUUGCAGCUGUAUUUUGCUUUAAACUAUAGCUUGGAUUUUAAUUUAAAGUUGCUUUUAUGAAAAUAUAUUUGUAAUUUUAUAUAGUUGAGAACUUUUAAUGCUUUUUUUCCAUUAUAAUAUAUUUUUGUAUGCAAAUAAACCCUGAACCUGGAA